GCUCUCCGGGUUUUCUAGCUUGCCUCCUUCUCGUCCAACUCUCACACACUGUCAGAGCGCGGAGUUGACAACCUCUGUCCACUUUAGCCGUUGCGAGGCAGCCUGCUCUUUCCUCAGCUGAAGCUCUCAUUGACUCGGGUCUGUGUCCUCAUGCAAGGCUGCUGAAGAAGCUCUGAGAAUCCGUUUUUUUAUUCUCUCUUUGCUCCUAAAUCCCUCAGAUCGGACUCAUCAACGCUUCAUUACAGCAAAGCUCCUAAAGACAAGAGAAUACAAAAUAAGUGAACGUUUAAUUUCAAGACUUGUCACUGCCUACUAAUACUCUUCACGAUGUCUGGCGAUGAUGCACCUGCUCAGCAGCAAAACGCCGAGGAAACAAAGCAAGAGAAUGAGCCCAGCGACGAGCCGAAAUCUGAGUCUAAGCCGGAGUCACCGCCAGUCAGUUCAACCGAGGCGGCAGCCACACCUGCGGCGACCGAGAAGGUCCCCGAGGAAGAGCAGUUUACCUACCGCUCCCUGGUCCUUUCCGGCUACGGGGGCUAUGAUAAGGUGAAACUGCAGGUGAAGAAGGGGAAGCCGGCACUCAAGGCCGGAGAAGUCAUGGUUCGGGUCAAGGCAUGCGGGCUGAACUUUGCCGACCUGCUGGCCCGGCAGGGUCUGUACGACCGGCUGCCGUCCCCGCCUGUCACGCCGGGGAUGGAAUGCUCCGGGGAAAUCGAGGCUGUGGGAGAAGAGGUGACGGAUAGAAAAGUGGGUGACAAGGUGCUGGUGCUCAACCGCUGUGGGCUGUGGCAGGAGGUGGCCGUGGUGCCCGCUACCCACACGUUCCUCAUCCCAGAGGGCAUGACUUUUGAGGAGGCCGCCGCCCUCCCCGUCAACUACAUCACCGCCUACAUGAUGCUGUUUGACUUUGGCAACCUGAGGCCCAACCAGAGCAUCCUCAUUCACUCUGCUGCAGGUGGGGUGGGCAUCGCGGCCACCCAGCUGUGCCAGACAGUGAAGGACGUGACCGUGUUCGGGACGGCGUCGGCCAGUAAGCACGAGACCAUCAGCCAGGGCGGAGUCACGCACUGCAUUGACUACCGUACAAGGGACUACGUGGAGGAGGUCCGCAAGAUCAGCCCCAAAGGGCUGGAUAUUGUGCUGGAUCCUCUGGGAGGCUCAGACACCCACAAGGCGUACAACCUGCUGAAGCCCAUGGGCAAGCUCAUCACCUACGGUGCAGCUAACAUGCUAGCAGGCCAGAAGAAGAACCUUCUGGCGGUGGCUAAGACCUGGUACCACCAGUUCUCCAUCCACACGCUCAGCCUGAUCCAGAACAACAAGUCAGUGUGUGGCUUCCACCUGGGCUACCUGGACGGAGAGGUGGAGGUCAUCCUGCAGGCCAUGACCACCAUCCUGGACCUCUAUAGGCAGGGCAAGAUCAAACCACGCAUCGACUCCACCUAUCACCUCGAACAGGUGGGCGAUGCCAUGCGGAGAAUGCAGGAGAGGAACAACAUCGGCAAGGUGAUCCUCAUCACCGAGCCUAUGCCAGAGGAGGAGAAGAAAGAGGAGCCUAAGAAAGAGGAGAAGAAGGAGGACAAGAAAAAGGAGGACAAGAAGAAAGACGACAAGAAGAAAGAGGACUCCAAGAAGGAGGACAAGAAAGAAGAGAAGAAGAAGGAAGAGCCGAAGAAGGAGGAGAAAAACGAGGAGAAAAGCGAGGUGAAGAAAGAGGAGAAGAAGGAGGAGCCCAAGAAAGAGGAGAAGUGAGAGUGAGGGAUUGAUGGAUGGAUGGAUAGUCAGGCAGGCAGACCAUCGGGGAGCUCUUGUCCUGUGAGCAGGGGUUUGGUUUGGGAGGGGCUGACAGGGCAGGGGAAAUGUGGUAGGGGAGGGAAAGGGAGGUGUAAUGUGUGUGGGUUGGACUUGGGAGAGCGGGGGAUGGGUGUGGGCUUUAUAGACUCAUUGCACAGCAGUCAAUCUGUCAUCCCUACCAUCAUCUCUCAGACCCCUCCCCAGUCCACUCUGACUGCGAAUACUCAGGCCUGGGCCUAUACCCACCCCUCCUCCACUCUCUCUCCUCCCCCACUCAAGCAAGGGUCACUUUAUUUCUGAAUCCCCAGUGCACCUUAAUGACAGCCGGGCUCACAAAACAGUUCCCGCCCUCACCUCGCCACCAUGGGAAAAUGACCACUACUAUACGCUAUCCUAUGACUCAUGUCAUAACAGUCUGAAGGUGUUGCCUGUUGAGACCCCAGAGAGAGAGAGAGACACACAGAGGGACGGUGUGGGUAUAAUGCCCAGGCCUGGGGCGCAUCACUGUUGCCUUGACAACAAUAAUUCGACCCAUUCCAACUCACACAGUGCCCCUCCUCCCUCCAUGUCGACUCCCACUAUGCUAGAUUGCCCUGCGCUGACUUCCACCUGCCACCUCUCCUUCCUCUCCCUCUACUAAGUUCCCCCUACCCUCCCCCUCUCCCUAUGGUAUAAACCCACAGACAGACCGACAGACAGAACCACACCCACCCACCAUCUCACAUACGGUCCAGUGUUGUGUUAUGUCACUGUGCAUGAGUCAGUCAGUGUUUGCUUGUCUGUGAUUGGCUAUCAGCUCCCCUGGAGAUGUUUGCAUGGCUGUGUGAUGCUUGACUCCAAAGCCAGUGGUUACAGAACUCCCCUGUCAAUCACCACGACCCACUCUUUAUUUAAGUAUAUAAAGAAAGAUUAGUGGCACAUCCCAUAAAUGCCAUGACACUUCUAGUAUCACACAGCUCCACCUCACAGCUGAGCCCACACUACAUGUCCCAUAAUCCUAGAGGUGACACACUAGAGACCAGACGAUAGCGUGUGACAGGAUGAAGCUCCAGAUAGUGAAUUAAUGAGCCAUUUGGUCCAGUAUUUGAUAGGGAGGAAGAAAUAAGGGCUUAGUCUUGGUGCUCUGUAGUCACUGAUGUUUCUAAUGAACCAACUGUUGGCAAGCAGCGCACAGUGCCAAUUAGGAGAGAAAAUUGUUUCUCUUCAAACAAGGGGCACAAACACACACACACACACAGGACGAUGUGUUCAAAGAGGCAGUGUUGUGUAGAGACACUAAAACAUUUGAAUGGAGUAAGAUAGAGUGAAUGCUGCCCAGUUCCUUGAUAUCAGACCCUGUUGCUCCCCUGACAUUCCAUGGCAUUCCACUCCUUUCACAGUGACCGCUCGCUCGCCUGUCCCUCGCCCUGAUCUGGAACAGGGGAGUUUAGAAGGGUAAAAACUCCUUCUGGUGUGCAUUCUCACCCAUCCCUCCCCCUUCUCUCCAUCUCUCUCUCUCUGUGGUCGGCAUAGCAACAGGCAACAGGCUCGUCAGAGAUGGCGCUGUGGUCUAUUUCUCAGUCUAUCUGAGUGAGUGAGUGAGUGAGUGAGUGAGUAGUAAAGUGUCUAAUGAAACCCCCGGCUUUAGUACUGAAGCUGUAGUACAGAGCAGUAAAAUCAGGCUAACAUCCUAGUUACUACACUCUACACUACUACCCUCAGCAUAUUAUGAGGACAUUCAAGUCCCAUAUAGUCUGUGUGGGGGUGGCACACCUAGGGCCGCAAUCAAUAGUUGGCCUCUCCCAUACAAAUGCACUGCUGCCCCUUGUGGACAUAAUGUAGAACAGCAAGACUGGUUUUCCGAAGUUGAUUAUAGGGGACUCAUUUCUAUCUAUAAAGCAGGGUUUUGUUUUCAACCUCCUCUAAAUUAUAUUGAAUUCAUCUGAUACUCAAUUCUUACGUCAGAGAUGAAUUGUCUAUAAUAAACCAUGGACAGAAGCUAAACCCGUUAUGAGCAGGAGCCCUGCAGUACGGACUUCAAAAACACCCCACUACUAUCCCAUUUGGAAAGAUGUGUGAAUCCAUGCUCUUCACACACUUGCCUGUCUGCCUGCCUGUCUGUCUGUGAAGUGUCUCAGAUGGUGACUAUAGUGACUUUGUAAAGAAGCUGUUGUGUUAGCAUGAGUGGCCUCCCUCAUGUCGUGUUGUCAGUCAUUGUGUGUGAAGAUGUGUGUGUCCUCAGGUCGUUUGUCAGGUUACAAAAAAAAGACUCCCACCUGCCCCUCCCCAACCCCAUUACAACCUCCCCUUCCUUACACUCUUUAUCUGCUUCACAGCUAUCUAGCUCUCUUUCUCUCUCUCCUCCCCUUCUCUGAUGAGGCCAAUGUUAAGAGGACAGUUGGUAUAGGUAUUUUGCACUCUGCUCGCUGAUCUUAAUGUACUUCCAGGCAUGGCAGUCCCGCUCCAGUCCCACUGUCUCUGAAUCCGCUCCGCUCUUUCCCCACUCAAAGAGACCAUACUGUAUCUGCUGAAACUCACGGGAAGUACAGUGGAAGUGACUCUUUUGCAUGCGCGCGAAACACAAGCACACAUCUCCUCCUCUACCCUCUGCCAGCUUCUCCUGGGUGGCAGCUCAAAUGAAAGCAUUCAUUCAUCCAGGGCUGUGAAAGUGACGACCUGGUGUAGCGGGGACAGCACUGGGCCUGGGGACGGAGUGUGAGUGCCAUGCCGGUGUGGGGAGUGACUGUGUUCUGUCAGGCUCUGGUUAGUGUUAUUUUCUGAUCUGCUGGGCUCCUUCUGUGAACCUGUGGACGGUGUUUCUGUUUUCUGAAUGCCAUGUGAGAAUCUCAUGCUUCAGUAAAAGGAUGUUUUACUUCAUGUAUUUUUUUUUUAACCUGUUUUUUUGUUUUGUUUUCCAAUGGGUUUAAAGUUCAAAGUUCAUACUCUUUACGGUGGGACCUGCCUAACUACAUUCCUUUUCAAUGUGAUGAGCCUUUCUGUUGGGCCUGACCAUUUGUGCCAAACUGUAUGUACUCCUCUGUCAAUGCCUUGACUACAACGGUGCAUUCAAUGAAAAAGAGAAGGAAAUUGUUUUGUUUCUGGGUACUUUUCCUAUGACCUUGUAGAAAAACAAAAACAAUCUGUGUAUGAUUUCUGUCCCAAAUGCUUAUGGGUGCUGAUAUAAUUUUGCUACAGUUUACAAAAGGUUUUAGUCGUUUCUGAUUGGUUGGGGUCUUGCUCUCAUGCCUCGAUCCUAACACACACAUACACACACAGACACACUACCUUGUUGAGAGGCACCUCCCUCCAUAGCCAAACUCCUCACAGUCCUCGCUGAUCUCAGAUCAGUGAAAUGUGUCAACAGAGUAUUAUCAGGCCUCAAGACAUCUACUACAACAAGGUUGACGCCCACAACAGUCGACAGGCCUAUGCGUUUAUAACCACACCAUAUAAUCUCCAAUCUUCCUAGAAUUGCAACCAACAAAAAAAAACACACCAACAAAAAUAUAAAUUAAACAGCCAUUCAAAAAUAUACAUGACCAGGUGAUUCGUUGAAUCAUGGACCAUUUCUUUCAUCCACCUCUCUCUAGUUUAGCUUUGUGAAAUGCCACCAUAUGCGGCUUUCCUGUUUCUCUUAGCCUGAUUCCAAAUGGUUUGUAUGGGAUAAGAGAGAGGGGGAGGUAGCAGAUGUGUAGGGGGAUGUCAUAGCGAGGCCAUAUUUCACAGCUGCACAGACAGAAACCCAGCUCUAUGUCUGUCCCAGGCGCAACAUAUCUGCCCGAAAGCCGAUCCCAGUUCACAUACAGUCUGUUGGUCUCAGACAUUCCAUUAUCCUCGAUUGCACCUCGAGAGCUCUUUGGUUGGAGUCAAUUAUUAGUUAGCCAAAGCCCCGCCCUCUUCCCUCUCCACGCACACACUCAUCAUACCAUACACACACAUCACAUUAACAUCUGGAAUUCAAUUGCAUGCAUCCAAUGGCAUGUGGUGCAGAGAUUAUAUGUCAUUUGAUUCAAUGUUUUUCUUCCUGUUUGAUAGAACCAAAAGGUCUCUUAGAUGAACUCAGCUGCAGCACACGGCUGGGUGGGUGGGUGGGUGUAGUGAGUGGCUACGGCGUGGGGUGUAACUGGGUGUCCGAGAGGACAGGAUGAAUCUGAUGUUGGCUGUGCCUGAGCCCUAACCCACUCCUCCCAAUCCCUAGCGCCCGAUUGCUUUUCCAGCUUGGUGUAUCUACGCUGUGUGUCAGCUUGAAUCGCUUUCCCAGCCAGACGCACAUUCUUAUGCAAGAGCUCUAAAACCAGAGACGAUCCUUCAAGAAACUAGGGCGUUUCAUGCAUUGGAAAACAUCCCAGCUCCCAGCUAUAUUGUUCCAGAUAACAGGUUCCUUUUGAUUGGCAGUCUUAAUGUCACUGUUUCACAUGGUUUCUCACAGGUCAUUCCAAACAGCUUCCCUUACUCUUGAUUUGAGUACAUCUGUUGUUCGUUUUUCUCUCUCUCUCUCUCACACACACUAUAUUGUCCUCCUUUCCAGUCUUGUGUCAAUCGCAGUGCUUGGUGGAGUGUAUUCCUAGUUAGAAAGAUAAUCCCAGUCUGGAGAUUAUUACCACAUCCAGAGGCGUACAGCCCCCAACCCAUCCACCCCACACACACACCCUUUCCCUAAAAGAAAACCACCCAACGUCUUCUGGCCGUCUCUGGCUCCUCAUUAGCAAUCACUAUAAACUGUCGCCAUGUGCCAACUACCAACAUAUUCUACGACUCUAUAGAAACGCUGUGAGUGUCUGGUGCAUUUGGCUAGGCUUGUUACGAUAUGUAUGGCCACUAGGAUCUGUGUGUAGGUGACCCGGGAAACAAAGGCAUGUGUGUAUAGUUCAUUAUUCCUUCCACUGUAUAGUUUAGUAUAGUUUAGUGGCUCUGUGCAGAGGGAGUGCCUUUCCACCCCCAUCAUCAUGGUGCCAACAGCAGCCAAAUCACUGCACCUAUACCUGCUCCCGCCCCCCACCCCCUCGCCUCUCCUCACUGCACCCAUACCCCCUCCUCUUCCCCUAUCUGACACUGUCAAGUCAGCCUCAUAACCAGAUGUACAUGAACCCGUCUACGGGAAAGCUUCAGAAAAACAGGUCCAUUGUCACUUCCCCGUCCAAACAGCUGUUUCCACACACGGUUUACUGUGAGACAGCCAUUCUGCCUACACGUUGAUUUGUUUGUUAGGUUUUGGUUCCUUCGGUCUGUGGUGUUGUUUUCCACUCUUCUACUAAGUUGUCUCCACUUUUUUUUUAUAUAUAUUUUUUAAAACCCUUUGAAUUGAUGCUGCUUCUGUGCUUGACUGGGAUUCACUGCGUACGUGGGUGCCAUGCUGUCCACAGCAAUGGGCUCUAGAGCUUGUAACGCUUCAAUGUGUAAUGUUACCAUAUGCCUUACAUGUUUUCCAGGACUAAUAAAAAAAGCAUAACGGGAAGGAGAGAAAAAAGACCCGACCCUCGGA